GAACCAACCAUUGGUACGGAGACAGAAGCGUUGAAGACCCGAAGACCACAAAGACCGCCACAAAAACAUGCAGCCACAGACACAGACCCCACGAGUGCACUACCUGUAUCAACUUCGUACCUGAAAAACCUCUCAGACUAAGUCAUUCCUGAAUUGGCAGGGAGGAAGGACCGUGCACUUUGUUGCAAAUUUGUGUCAGCAGGCACCCUGGCCAUGAAGAAUGCAAUAGCCUUAAUCCUUGUUUGUGCCUUUGGUGUCACUACAUCUGCAGUAGAUAUUGUUCGAUCCGUUGAAAAUGAUCUUGACUACGAUAAAAAUGGCAAAUUGGCAAAACACAACCUUCUCUUCCCUGUGGGUAGCCAUGGAUGUGGUCCCACCAAACUUGGAAUGGUCUAUGGCUAUGAGUCGCAUGCUGUUGCAGCUGAGGCCCUCAGUGCAAUCUUUCCCGGUACCAGUGAAGGAGAUUGUGUGGCAGUUUGUCUUGAGCGAGGGACGGACAAGUCGGUUGCCCAUGCCGCCAUGCCCCAGCGACGCUGGCUGGGAGAGGGAGAUUUUAUUGACUGGUUCAAGAAUAAUUGCAGUCGAAUGGAGGUCUGCCUCAUGAACUAUCACAGUCGCAAGACUCCCCUUAAACUUUUCUGGAUUUCAUCUACUGGAGAGAAGGAAUUUCAGCAGGAGAUUCCAUUUGGAUAUGAUGGCACUCAGUGCUUUUCGAGUUAUGUGGGGCAUAGAUUUGAGGUGGAUGAUGGUGAAACCGGAGAGCUCCUUGAACAAAUUCGAGUUGAGUUUAUCACCACCAAAGCGAUUGGAAUUUCUCCUCCAAGUGCCGAUCCUGAAAUGUAUGACUUUGAGCAAGAAAUCAAAAACACCUUGCAUAAUGAAUGGAGAAGACACAAUCGUGUGAAAAGGACCUUUAGCCCAUUGGGAUUCAAGAAAGGACGUCUUCCAGAUGAUCUAUUUGCCAGUAUGGGAGCAUUCUACUACAACAAUCGACACCACAAAGUGCGGGAGGAGUGGACCGGAAAUGGUGUCUUCGUCAACUGGUGGGAAAUUAACUGCACCUUCAUUCAAAUUCCAUGGGAGCAGAAAUAUAGAUGGCAAGAGAGACUCCGACUGCUGGUGGAAGCUUGGGCAGGUCUCCCUGUGGAGCAAACAGUGAUGUAUGGUCUUCGCCAAUAUGAACAUGGGGCCCGGCUGUUGACUCAUGUUGAUAGAGAAGCAACCCAUGCUGUCAGUCUUAUUGUGAAUGUUGCCCAAGGAAACCUGACGGAGCCCUGGCCUGUGGAAGUAAAUGACCAUGGUGAUCGAUUGCAUGAGGUCGUCAUGGAGCCUGGAGAUGUGGUGUACUAUGAGAGUGCCAAGUGUUUGCAUGGACGAAACCGGCCAUUGAUGGGCCAGCAUGCUUACUACACCAAUCUAUUUACUCACUAUCGUCCGGUUGGUGACCCAAAAUGGUAUGAGAAACCAAAUCAUGAGGGAGUGCCAGACCCCGUUAUUGAUGUAGAAGGAGAAUGCCGACUUGAAAAAGUCUUAGUGCAGACUUUGGAAGCAAGCUCUAAGACAAGCUCUAAGAAACUUGGAGUUGCCGAAGCUGUGAAGUGUGAUGAUUCCCGACUUGGAUCACAUGUAUCACCUUCCCUAUUCAAGGUGUCAAGUGCUGAGGAUCUCAUUGAAUGGUGGCAAAUGACAUCUCCACUUGAUGAAUCACUGGGAAACAAGGAGACAGCUACCAGUGGACAAGAUGAAUUGUAGGCGGACUAUGGACGCAACAAUCAACAGUUGGGAUGCGUUGGUGGAGGUGGCAACAAUUUGAGCAAAACAAGCUUCAUUGCUUCCUUAACUAUUAUGUAGCUGGUGCUCCGGUGGUUCGAGCCAUGUUUUUGUCUGCCAGGUGGCGCCAUCGUGUACCUUCCUUGAACUGUGGGCUCACGUUGUCUUGUCCAGCUGUGAUACUCUGCUUGGAAUCAACUUUGCUCUUGCUACAAAGCCAUCGUCCUCACAGUUGGCCAUGUUUCCCGCACGAGACCUGAAGCUGUGGUCGAGACACGACAUUUUGAUGCUUCUAGCAAGAAAUAACGAUUUCUGCCACCAGAAGAUUCUGUUAGGAUUGACGUAUUCCCCUCUCGGCUGCCGCUGUGGCUGGUAUUUAUUACAACGAUGCGCCAUUGCACGAUGCAUUCCAUCAUCAGGCCACUUUAGUUUCCUUUCUGGUGGCCUUCUUUCACGCUCGCCAUCCUUUGGACAAUCCUUGCGGGAACGUUGCCUCAUCAAUUGACCCGCACCUCUUUCGCUGCCAACUGCCGUACUACCGAUAGUACCUUUGCACGUUCAGGUUCCGGCACUGUAAAGUCAAUCGUAAGCAAGGGUUACUCGUUACGUUGCCGCAACCGCAUGCUAUAUUCGAGUUCAACCAAAAUUGUUUUACGGUGCACCACAUGUGGUCCAUCAACGUGACCGCACCUGACAACCACCAUGCAGUUGGUUCUUCCCCGCCAUGAAGCAAAGCUGCUUUGUCACUGUAGCAACGGAGGGC